AUGAAGAAGGUAUUAUACACAGUAACUUCAUUAAUAAUUCUGAUUCCUUUCCCCUUUCUUAAUAAAGGGGAAGAAAACCAGUCCUCUACCCUGGACUUCAUCCUUCUGGGGAUGAGUGGUCAGCAAGAACAGAAAGAAGUCUUCAUCCUUUUCCUGUUCAUUUACCCCAUCACCUUGAUUGGGAACCUGCUCAUCAUCUUGGCUAUUCACUUUGACACUUGCUUUCACAGUCCCAUGUAUUUUCUCCUUGCCAACCUUUCCCUUGUUGACAUCAUCUUCACCUCUGUAAUUAUUUCGAAGGCACUAGCCAACUUUAUCUUGCACAGCAAAGCCAUCUCCUUAAAGGGAUGCCUAACACAGAUGUAUUUCAUGAUUUCCAUGGCUAACGCAGCCAGUUCUAUCUUGGCAGCUAUGGCAUAUGAUUGUGCUGUGGCCAUCAGCUGCCUGCUUCAUUAUACAACAAUUACGAGUUGAAGAUAGUGUGUCCUGCUAGCUGUCGGUUCCUGGCUGAUCGGCAGCUGCAAUUCUUUUCCCCACACUCUGCUCACAGCAAGGCUAUCCUACUGUAGAAACCGGGAAGUAGCGAACUUCUACUGUGACAUUGCUUCUUUGCUCAAGUUGUCCUGUACUGAUAUUCAUUUUAAUGUGAAGAUGAUGUACCUAGGGGUUGGUGUUUUCUCUGUGCCAUUAAUAUGCAUUGCCAUUUCCUAUAUUCAGGUCUUUUCCACAGUCUUGAAGUUUCCGUCCACAAAGGGUGUGCGCAAAGCUUUCUUCAUCUGUGGCUCCCACCUCACAGUUCUUUCUCUAUAUCAUGGCACAGUCAAGGGCAUGUAUUUCUGCCCUCUAAUGACUUGCAGUAUAAGGGAUGCUAUAGUAACAGUGAUAUACAUUGCAGUGACCCGAUAUAUGUUAAAUACUUAGAGUCUGAGAAAUUGGGACAUGAAGGUUGCCCUGGGGAAGCUUUUCAGUAAGAGAAUCUCCUCAUAA